AUGUCAGCUAUCGCAACUAAAAUCGUUGAAAAAUAUAAACUUACUCCAAAUAUGGAUAUAUCUGAACUUAGUCAAUAUACCUUUGAGUUUCUCAAAAACCUUACAGAUGAUAGAAAAAGGAAUCAGGCUCAAAGACCUAUAGCUUCACCCCCCAAAGAUUUGGAAGAAGAAAUUGUUAGAGAGAUAGCAAAACGAAUCUUGCAAAAUAGAUAUGGGUUUAGUGAGGAUCAAGUGAAUAACUUAUUCACAAUCCUGAAAAAUGAAAGUAGACACAGUGUAACUACCUCAGAUAAAAAU